AUUUCUGCUCGCUCUGCGCUCUUUAUAGAGGCCCAUCGAGCAUCAUAAAUUUCACCAAUUUAGCACCCGAAGAUCUGCCUGGGCCAUGCGAAGGCAGUUCUAAGAAGACAAAGGUAUGAACUUCUUCGUCUUCCAAGUGUUGGCCGCUGCGGAACUGGCAUCGGCCAUCGUCCACAAUGAACAACUGGCAUCGGUUGAAAGCACGAGGGAUAAGUGGACUGCUGACGCUGUGCCCAAUCCAAUGAAGAGUCCAGACAAAUGUGGCCUUUCCGCGCCGGGAUUCAUUUGUGACCCGGACAAGGAACUAUCUGAUAGUGAACGCCAAGAGAUCCAGCAGGUCCUCGUAAAUAUCAGUCAAAACACUCGAUUGCUAUGCCCAGACGGAAAGAACCAUUCGUAUCAGGCUGCGGUGUUGGUCGUCAAAAACAUCGCCUCCUCCGAGUGGCUGGGAUUCUUUCACAAUGACAAGGAGCGAACUGGCGAGUCUUUUGCCCACCGAGUGGGGGAUGGCUGGGGUGUCGGCGAUGCUGGCUGUGACAACGGUGUGCUGCUCUUCGUCUCUGUCCGUGACCGCAUGUUUUAUCUGAAAACAGCCAAAAAGACCCGAGCAGUGCUGACAGACUACACUGCCGAAAGAAUCCUGAGCAACAUGAAGCCUUUGUUGAAGCGUGGAAAAGUUGGUGAUGCGGUGCUGAAAGGUUGCACAGAGAUUUUGGACUCGCUUGAAGGACGUUCAGUUCCAGUCUACCGAAGUUGGGGCGAUUACAUAACGAUUUUCAUCCUCAGCAUCGUUUUGUGCUGCCACUUACCACAAAUCCUGGCUGCCAUCUUCCUUUGCCUGGGUUUCUUGGUGGGUAUCCUGCUGUACCCCUUCGCCAAGCUCGCUGAUGCCGUAAGCUCUUGCUGGAGCAGGCUGCGAACAAGUAGCGCACAGAAGGACUUGGAACGCGUUCAGCAAGAGAUGGAAAAGGAUGAAUUCGAUCAAACUAUGUGCCCCAUUUGCUUAGAGGACUUUCCAGAUGUGGGAAAGGUUGAAGACAUGCGAAGACUGGAGUGCAAGCACUGUUUCCAUGCAGAGUGCGUUGACAAGUGGCUGAAGGAGAACGAGUCCUGCCCUUUGUGCCGUGCUGAAGUCGAUGUUCAGCUCACCGAUGACGACAAGAAGAAAUCCGACAGCUACCAGCGGCGGCUUCGUUUCUAUCUCUCAAGACUCAGCGUCCGUCACCCUCGAACUUUCAGCAGCUCUGGGAGAACUCCUUUUUACACAUCGAGCCAUGACUUGUACUUCGUGUACGUGCCAAGUCCCGGUUGGACCGAGUCUUUGAAUGGCCAUUUCAGCAACAUCGCUUCCGCCUCUUCCAGCCUUGGUAACUCCAUGGGAGGUGGCGGUGGUGGCGGCUUUGGCGGUGGUGGCUUUGGUGGAGGUGGCGGUGCAGGUGGUGGAUGGUGAGUGACGAGUUGCGAUGUCACGGGUGCACUGUGCCAACCGCGUUGCGAGAGGAGGCAAAAC